AUGUCUUGUAAAAUUGUGAAUUUUGUUGAAAUUAAAAAUAAAUGGAGUGAAAUAAAUAAUUUUUGGAAAUGUUGUUCUAAUAAAUGUAUAAAUACAAACAAACCUAUUGGUAAAUGUAUUGAAGGAAAUGGAUAUGCAAAUUUAAUUAACGAUGAAAAUAUUAAAUAUUUUGUGGAGAAAGGAGGUAAAUUAUUGGUUAUAUUGAAGCAUACAGACCAGAGAUGGGCGAAAAUUUUCGUUUUGUUUCGUUUUUCGUGAUUUUCGUG